AACAGCUUCUUGAACAUCCGUUCUUGCUCUAGCGGCGUCUUGUCCUGAGCGGGGACAUCUCGCAUCAAUUAUACAUUGCGAAUAGGCGACAGGAAGUUCAUUUCAUGUCUCAGACAUUAUCGACGUGACUUGUUCCUACCUCCCAAAGCAAAGUAUGGAUGGUGCCAACAGUCAAAGCAGGCUAUUUAAACCCGAUCGUGUCACGCAUUUUCCCGGUACAGCACUCCUAUCCACCCAGCUAUACCUCUCAUUAUAUUUCGUGGUCUAUUCUACUCGUCUCCUCGCUCUCGACCGCUCUUUGCCUAGUCCAUUUCUAUCUCGCUUGUUGAUAUUUCGAGUCGGUCCUAUCCCUUGGCCGCCUGCGAUGGUCAAGAAUAGGGUCAAGUUCGGGUGAUAACCCCCUAAUUGCUACUCGUUCAACUCUCUACAAGACUAAUC